UUGGCGUUCGUUAUCAUUGAGGGCCCAGAAUCUCUUCUCUCCGUUCACGCCUUCCAAGACCAAAAAGAAAGGAUUUUUACAUAUGGGUCGUUGCUGAUUCCUCAGGUGAGUGUUUCGUUUGAGGAUCUUCAAAAAUCAGAGGGAAACAAUGAGCAAUAUGAGAACCCUAUGUAGGCCUCAUGCGGUGUUCUCCUUCAUUAGUUGCAGACACCAAUUUCGAUCUAGGGCUUCGUUUCGGAACCCUAAUUGCAAUUCCCGUUUGCCAUCUCCGUCGCUGUAUUCUAUAUGGCUCGGUUCUUCCGGUUCGAACCGAACCGUGCCCUGGUUUCGUGUGAAUCAAAGGAGAACUGUGGCCAAGGCAUCAAACUGGGCUGAACAAAAAUCCCCAUAUGAAACUCUUGAAUUGGAAGGAGAUGCUGAUGAGGAGCAGAUAAAGAAUGCUUAUAGACGUUUGGCCAAAUUUUAUCAUCCAGAUGUCUAUGAUGGUAGAGGAACCCUUGAAGAAGGUGAAACAGCAGAAGCAAGGUUCAUCAAGAUUCAAGCUGCUUAUGAAUUGCUUAUAGAUGAGGAGAGGCGAAGACAGUAUGAUAAGGAUAACCGGGUCAACCCUAUGAAGGCAUCUCAGGCAUGGAUGGAAUGGCUCGUGAAAAAGCGAAAAGCUUUUGAUCAGCGGGGUGAUAUGGCAAUUGCUGCUUGGGCUGAGCAGCAACAGCGCGAGUUGAAUAUUCGUGUGCGACAACUUUCUCGCUCAAAGAUUGAUCCAGAUGAAGCAAGGAAGAUCCUGGCAAGAGAAAAGAAGGCUUCAGCUGAAAAUUUCUCAAGUACCCUUAAAAGGCAUACACUUGUACUGAAGAAAAGAGAUUUGAUGCGAAGAAAGGCUGAGGAAGAAAAGAAGAAGACUAUAAGCCGGCUCUUAGCGGCAGAAGGUCUUGAGCUUGAUUCAGAUAGUGAUGAGGAACUCUAGUCAACAUGGAACUUCCUUUCCUCUUACCAAUAGCUAAUAUUUUAUUCAAUUCCAUAAUGUCUCCCUCCACGAAUCUAAUUAUUAUUAUACAGAAGAUAUAUGUACAUAAAUUUUUUUUAUUUCCAUUUUACACUCUAAAAUGAAUGAUAAUUUAUCCUUUCAAGUUAUAGCUCACUCAAUG